AUGAGCGCCAUUCCAGUUAACGGGGAGAUCGAUGAGGCCUUGUACUCGCGCCAGCUGUACGUCCUGGGGAAGGAGGCGAUGCUGAAAAUGCAGCACUCGAACGUGCUGGUGGUUGGUAUGCGCGGUUUAGGUGUCGAGAUUGCCAAGAACGUUGUUUUGGCUGGAGUGAAGUCAUUGGCAGUGUACGAUCCAGAGCCUGCUACGUUGCAGGACCUCUCUACGCAAUUCUUCCUGACGGAGGCAGACUUGGGGAAACCUAGAGACCGAGUUUCGAGAGAUAAGCUUGCGGAACUGAACUCUUAUGUGCCGGUGAAGGUGCUGGAGAGUCUGCAAGAUGAUAGACAAUUGCUGGAGUACGAAGUCGUAGUGGCAACCGACACUGUGUCUUUGAAGGAGAAGAUCCUCUUGAACAAUAUCUGCCAUGCCGCUGGCAUCAAAUUCAUCUGUACCGAGACUCGUGGUUUGUUUGGAAGUGCAUUUGUUGAUCUAGGCGAAGACUUUACGGUCAUUGACUCCACUGGUGAGGAGCCCCGUACGGGGAUAGUCUCUGAUAUCGAGAGCGAUGGUACUGUGACGAUGUUGGAUGAGAAUAGACACGGUCUGGAGGACGGGAAUUUCGUCAAGUUUUCCGAAGUGGAAGGCUUGGAGAAGCUAAACGAUGGGACGCUCUUCAAGGUCGAAGUACUAGGUCCUUUCGCCUUUAAGAUCGGAUCAGUGGAGAAGUAUGGCAAGUACAAGAAGGGAGGCUCAUUCACCGAGGUCAAGGUUCCACAGAAGAUGUCUUUCAAGUCUUUGCAAGAGAGUUUAGCGGCUCCAGAAAUGCUGUAUUCAGACUUCGCAAAGGUCGACAGAGCUGGCCAACUGCAUUUGGGUUUCCAAGCCCUACAAAGGUUUUCAGACAGACACAACGGACGCUUACCAAGACCGAUGAAUGACGAAGAUGCCGCAGAACUUGUUUCUCUAACUGCAGGCCUGGCCGCUGAGCAGCCAGAUGUGCUAGGAGGAGCUGAUGCAGAGAUCAAUGAGAAUGUUAUCAAAGAAUUGGCUUAUCAAGCGAGAGGUGAUAUACCAGGUAUGGUGGCAUUCUUCGGCGGUUUCAUAGCCCAGGAAGUCCUAAAGGCCUGUUCAGGUAAGUUUACUCCUCUAAAGCAGUAUAUGUACUUUGAUUGCCUCGAAUCGCUACCUUCGCCUGAACAAUAUCCAAGAACAGAGCAAACUACUGCUGCUAUAAACACACGUUACGACAACCAAAUUGCAGUGUUUGGCCUUGAAUUCCAAAAGAAAAUUACCAAUUUGACUGUGUUCCUAGUUGGCUCUGGAGCUAUUGGGUGCGAAAUGUUGAAGAACUGGGCGUUAAUGGGACUCGGCUCAGGCGUUGAAGGUAAAAUCAUAGUAACGGACAAUGAUUCUAUCGAAAAAUCGAACUUGAAUCGUCAAUUUUUGUUCCGACCUAAGGAUGUUGGAAGAAACAAGUCAGAAGUUGCCGCAGAAGCAGUCAGCGUCAUGAAUCCUGCUUUGAAAGGAAAAAUAGAGGCUAAAAUAGAUAAAGUUGGUCCUGAGACCGAGAACAUCUUCGAUGACUCUUUCUGGCAAGGCUUGGACUUUGUUACCAAUGCUUUGGACAAUGUUGAUGCUAGAACUUAUGUGGAUCGUCGUUGUGUCUUUUACAGGAAGGCACUGUUGGAGUCUGGUACGCUAGGUACAAAAGGAAACAGUCAGGUAAUUAUACCAAGACUCACCGAAUCAUAUUCAUCCUCCAGGGAUCCCCCCGAGAAGUCCAUCCCGCUCUGUACGUUGCGUUCUUUCCCGAAUAAGAUUGAUCACACCAUUGCAUGGGCUAAAUCACUAUUCCAAGGCUACUUUGCCGAUGCUCCAGAAAAUGUGAAUCUCUAUCUGACACAGCCAAACUUCGUAGAACAAACAAUGAAGCAAAGCGGCGAUGUUAAAUCUGUUCUUGAGACCAUUUAUGAGGCGCUUAACGAGAAACCAGCCACUUUCGAUGAUUGUAUCAAAUGGGCCAGAUUGGAAUUUGAGAAAAAGUUCAACCAUGACGUGAAGCAACUCUUGUAUAACUUUCCCAGAGAUGCCAAAACAUCGAGUGGUGAACCAUUCUGGUCAGGACCAAAAAGAGCACCAACUCCAUUGGAAUUCGACAUCAAUAACGAUGAUCACUUUGAUUUCAUCGUAGGGGGAGCCAACCUUCGUGCCUUCAAUUACGGGCUAGUUGGCGAUUCUGGUACGCCAGACAAGGCCGCUUAUGCGACUGUGCUUGAAAAUGUGAAAAUCUCCGACUUCACACCCAGAUCGGAUAUUAAAAUUCAGGUCAACGACGAUGACCCUGAUCCGAAUGCAGAUGGUCUCGAUGGUAUUGACUCAUUAAAGGCCUUCGCAUCUACAUUACCGGAUCCGAUCACCCUGACAGAUUUUCGGAUGAUCCCCGUAGAGUUUGAGAAAGAUGAUGAUACCAACCACCACAUCGAAUUUAUUACUGCCUGUUCAAACUGUAGGGCUCAAAACUAUUUCAUUGAAACGGUCGAUCGUCAAAGGACAAAAUUCAUCGCUGGACGUAUCAUUCCCGCCAUUGCAACGACCACUUCUUUAGUGACAGGACUAGUCAACUUGGAGCUUUAUAAAGUUGCUGAUGGAAAGACUGAUAUCGAACAGUACAAAAAUGGGUUCGUAAAUCUGGCCCUACCUUUUUUCGGUUUCUCUGAACCAAUUGCCUCUCCAAAGGGAAGUUACAAUGGCAAAAGUUAUGAUAAGAUAUGGGAUCGUUUCGAUGUUCAAGGUAAUGUUAAGCUAAGUGAUUUGAUAAAGCAUUUUCAAGACAAAGAAGGUCUAGAGAUUACUAUGCUCUCCUACGGAGUGUCCCUCUUAUACGCUUCUUUUUUCCCGCCAAAGAAACUAAAGGAAAGACUAAAUCUCUCUAUUACAGAUUUGGUUAAAUUUAUCACGAAAGCUGAUGUACCUCCACAUGUUCGCACCAUGAUUUUGGAAAUAUGUGCAGAUGAUAAGGAGGGCGAGGAUAUAGAGGUUCCUUUCAUAACUAUUCACUUAUGA